AUGGAAUCUUUGGCAACAACCAUUCGUUUCGUCACGCUGAACUGCCAAAAACUAUCAAGUGAGCUCCAACAAGCCGCCCUGUCUAGGCUUCUGCGAUAUCUCUGUGUGCCUUUUGCUGCACUGCAGGAAACACACAUGAGAGAUCGAACCGUCAUCAGCAUCGAAAAUUACACCACAUUCCGCUUCGAUGCUGAUGAAAACAAAGUAGAUGGCUGCGCGAUAGCUGCGAGGAACGAUUACAACAACCUGGUGGAAGAAUUUGGCAUUUCGAUCAGCAUUCCGAUGUGCCAGGAAAAUGGUAUUAUCCAGCGGAGCGCACGUCGGACAACGGUGACCGUCUUGUCGACUUAUGCGAACCUCAUCAGACGGUCCUCAUCAUCGCUUCCACGUUUAGGAGGAAUCAUCGACCGAUCAUCGAUCUGA